AUGUCUCGAGACUCGUUGUCAUUACCUCCCGAACUCAUUCACCAUAUAUUGAGUUUUGUUUGGGACGUAUCGUGCGUUAAAGACCGCCAUUCACUUUCAUUUUGUUGGCGUUUACGAUGUGUAUCACGAGAUUUGUGUGAAUAUGUGAAAUCUCAAGUGAAAAAAUUAACAGUUGUUUCUUGCAUUCGGAAAUUAUCAACACACAGUUUGGAAUUCAAAAAUAAUGAAUUACUGAGAGACCGUGUCAAAAUUGAGCAGCUACAGAACAUUUCGAAUCACAUUAUUUCAAUUAUUAAUUGUUUUCCGAAUUUAGAAGUUUUAAAUCUCGAUGAUUUGCACACUCUCACGAAUGAAAAUUUGGAAAUCAUUAUAAAUGGCCUUGAAAAUUUGAAACAAAUAUCACUAUGUGGAUGUCCAUUCAUUACUCGAUUUUCUUGUAGAAAUACAUCAAUUUUUUCAAAAUUUAUGAAUAUUACAAUUGAUCCAAGUCUUGAAUUAAGAUGUUCUCUUUUACAAAUGAUUCGAUCAGCGCAUACAGUUACCUCAUAUUCGAUCAGCAACAAGACUUGUGAUGAUUCAGUAUCCACAACUAGUGAGAGUAAUAUUCCACAACAAUUUCCAAUUUUGAAAACCAAAGUUGGUCUAUUUCAAGGCCUUGCCCCUGCUAUUCGACCAAUUGUUUCCACAACUUGCUAUGAAUUUGGACCAUUAGUUAUUCAAGUGAUGGACACCAUGCCAAUCCUUAUUAGAAAUUCGGAAAAUGAAAUGUGUUACAAGUUGUUUGUGGCUCCUCAUGACACGGCAGAAGAUGUUAAAAUCAUGUUCCAAGCAUUGACAGGAAUUCCGUGUGAUUCUCAACGAUUGGAAUUUUCUGGAAGAGAAUUGCAGAAUAAUCGCAUGCUCUACGAAUGCAGUAUUUGCAAAUUAUGUACCAUGGAUGUGAUAGUGAGCAAACCAACCACAUCAUUAGAAAAGGAAUGA